GAAAAAUAUUUUCAGGGUUGUUCAAACAUUUUAUUAUAAUUAUGUGUUACUAAAUUGUUGAUUUCUUAAGACUUGAUGUGAACAUUGUUGCAUCGAAUAUACAAAAUAUUUCAAUUUUUUUGCCUUGCAAGUGCAAAGGUUAAGAAUGUGCAUGAUCACGUGGGAUGAGAUAACUCAAAAUUCAAAAAGUUUGGAUUGAAGACUGGCGGUAAGAUAAAAGGAGACGUUCAUUUAAAAUGAUGUCGGACAGCAUACAAGAGGUGUCUGAUAGUUCGUUUGAGGAACUUGCAGAAAAAACAAUCGAGGAAGUCGAUAUAUCUAAAUUGGGAUCUUUUGAAGAGAUCGCUGUGGAAUCCUUUCAGAAACUUGAAAAACAUAACGAGCAGGAACUUUCAGCAGGCGAUUUACAGAGACUGUUAGAAAAAACCAGACAUCGUAGAGAGGUUCUGAAUCAGAAACUGGGAAAGACUCCAGAUGUGACGCCAAGAAAGAGAAUUCUGGAGCAGAAUCUGACCAGAGAAAAUGUACCAGCUGUGUCUCUCACCGUAAAGGAUGGUUCACCAGGGAAGAGACAGUGUGUGCGUGAUGAAGAACAGCUAGUUCAUCCAGACACACCAGCGAUAAACGGAGUCAAGUCGAGAAUGCAGAACUUAGCCAAACAAAGAGAAAAUUUCGCAGAGAUGGAAACAGAGGUGAGUAAUUCUGGUAAAGAAGCUCCAGUACAAAACAUCGUCACAGCUCAGAAGGAGGCGGCAGUGAUUUCCAAGGAGAAUGUCGGUGAGCCGGGGGGUUCUAAUGGAAGGAGGGGCCGCUUUGCUCACCUGGCUCAGACCAUCAGUAACUGGGAGGACGACCUCAGUCACCCCACGAUUCACAAACCAGAGGAACCUAAACCAAGAUGGCAGCCACCUAAACCAGACUCUGUUACGGGACCUGUCAAACCAACACCAGUGAAAACUACCCCAAGUCCUCCACAGUCGUCCGUGAAGCCGCCUCCCGCACCACCGGCCCCAGUGGCUCCUUCCCCAAAGAAAACACCUGCCCCACCGCCGCCCACAACCACAGGCGUUAAACAGCGGACAAACAGCGGCAGUAAGCCAGUAGAGGCGACACCUCAGGUACAGAAGGAGAGACAGGAGGAGCCCACAUCUAAGUCUGUGUCCGAGAGACUCAACAGCUGGAAAUCUUCUGAAACGCCCAAAAAGGAAAAGCCAGUAGAUCCAUCUGAACAACCAGUGUCAGCCAAAAAAGCUGUGUGGGAGCAGAAGAUAUCGACCCCUACAGCCUCUGUCAGCAGAGUGCAGCACCCAGUCCGCCAGAUGGCCACACCAAUCUCAGAUAAGCCACCACUGCCGAAACCACAGUUCUCAGAAUCCAAGAAUCCAAGCGCUACCACUCAGGGAGAGUCCAGGGUAGAAAAAGACGACCCCGCCGCUCAGCCUGUGUCCGCCAGAAUGGCGUCCUGGCAGCAAAGACUGUCUGAAUCAACGCCACGAAAAGAGGAUGAACCAACAGCUUACUCUGUCAAUGCCAGGAUGUCGGCAUGGGAAGAGAUGUCCUCCAGCAAUAAGGUGUCUUAUAUUAAAAAGGUGGACCCUAGCAGUGUGUCUCCUACCAAGAAAUCCCCAGCCAAGGCUCCAGUGUAUGGUAGUGCUAAAAAAUCCACUCCCGUAAAGGCUAUUGGACAGACUACAGAGAGUAAAAUGGUGACACCAUCAAAAUCAGUCAAGGAGAAUAUACUACAGAAAGCUGAUCACAUCAAAGCAGCAAUGGAGAGUCCAGUGAAAACAGAAGCUACACCUGGGAAGAUAGGCAGUGCCACCAAGAUCAUGCAGCAGAAGUUACUGGAGCAGGUGUCCCAUGGGAAAACAGCAGACACCGCAGAGAAGAUGAGACGUGAGAGAAUGGAGGAGGUACAUCAGCUGCAGAACCGGCAUCAGAAUGGGAUCCCCAAGGAGGAGGUCCCCAGGAAAGACAGGAUCCCAAGUGACACAGAGGAGCAGAAGCUGACCAAGGACAUCGGAGACAACAGACGGGAAGCCAUCAGAGCCAAGGCCAGGGCUGAGUUUGAGAGAAAGUUAGCAGCAAUGGGAUUUGAACUUUCAGAUGACAGCAGUGAUGCAUCUUACGACUUCCAAGAGAAACAGGGACAACCCCCCACCCAGACCAAACCAGCCACGGCUAACGGUAGCCAGUCAAAGAGUCACCCCUCACCCAGCAUAUACCACCUCAUAUCACAGAAAAGAAAUGAGAAGCCAAGCAUGCCAGGAAACAGGGACAGGAAGUCGGACGACAGUUUUGACAGUACUGAGGAUGAGGAGCUGUACACGAGGAGACCUUUGUCCUCAACUCAGGAGGAGGAGGAAGAUCUAGCGUCCUCAGCUGAUGAUGUGAGGCCGAGGCCGGCCAGUGAGUCCGAGAGUGACGUUUGUCCCCAGGCCCCUCUUCCCCUGAUGAUGGAGGAGGAUGACUCGGACAGUGAUGACGUCAGUUUCAGUGCUUUUGUCCCCGCCUCCGUCCGACGACAGAGUGUGCUGCCCAGUGGUCCACAGAAAGAAACCGAACAGAGGGAAGGCAGACCUAGGCCGACCGUAAACCCGGUGGCAUCAGUGCCCUCCAGCUACAGGAGUGGUUCUAAUCUGGUGGUUCCUCAGCAGCAGACCAGCUCCAGCAGUCUGGAGAGUACGUCCAGUGAUCAGAGCUCCUACUCCACGGAAUCUAGAGAGUACUCAGACACCGAGGAUGACGAAUUGUCAGAGAACCAGAUUAAUGACCUGCUGGACGAAGCCAUGAGUGAUGAGGAGGAGGCCACCAGUAAACCAAGAGCUGCUCCACGCAAAAGACGAAGUCAUAUGAUGGCUACCAGUGAAGAAAAUGCUGGGAACCUGGCUUAUAGUGUUAGCAUGUACAGGUCACGCAGAUACCUGCAUGAGUCUAAUUCUCCCAAGAAGAGAAUUAUUCGUAAUCGGGAGUUUGAGGAUUCUAUACAUGAGGAGAAUAUUGAGAUGCCGACACAGUUACCACCCGAGCUGGAACGCAAGAGCAUUCAGGAGAGAAUACAGGAGCUCCAGGAAUUGGUCAGUCAAGAGCAGAGUGUCAUCAUGCAGACCAGUAACGCCCUCAACCAGUGCUGCUCCAGUAACUCUUACUUCCAGGGCUCGCCCGAACAAGUCGAGUGUAACAGGCUUCUCCUUAUCGCCUGUCAAAAGAGACAAGCUUAUCUGACUGAGAUUCAGCGAUUGAAGGAGUCAGGUUGUUUAGACCCCCCAGGAUCUGGGCCCCGGGGAUCUCUGACCAUUAGUGAUAUAAGGCUGCCACUAAAGAAAGAGUUUGUUACCAAGAUAGGAACUGGAUCAGAUAACACAGUUCACUACUUCCUGUUGUUGAUCCGGAACCACGCCCAAGUAAUCGUGACCCAGAUGUUAUCGACCCACGACCCCAUGAUGAGAGGCAGCCUGGACUUCCCCAACCUGAUCAAAAUCCAUGGCAUCUGUGGCAACUUCAAACUCAACCUGGAAAUAUACAGCAUGUCAAUAUCCAGAGAAGCUAUAAAGGACAAGAAAAGAAAAACUCCCAAGAAAGCCCCUAAAGGGCACCUGGCACCAGCUCCCAGUCCUGGUGGCCCCACGGCAGUGAGGACCACUAGUUUUACCCUGAUCACCACCCUCCCCAUCACAAUGAGGGCUCUAGACAAGACCUGCUUUACUCUCGAAAGGAUUCCCUAUUUGUCUCCACUUCAUGGCACAAUCUACAUGAGAUUGAAAUGUUUAAUGGAACAAAAUGUAGAGGAAAGAGGAUUCUUGACAAUGUUUGAGGACGUCAGUGGCUUCGGAGCCUGGCACAGAAGAUGGAGUGCACUUCAGGGGAACAAACUCUGUUUCUGGAAGUACCCUGAUGAGGAGAACAGGAAGGAGCCAAUGGGAAUAAUUGAUUUGAAGAGGUGCAUCACGGAGAAGGUGGGCCUAAUUCCCAGAGACAUCUGUGCUCGCCCCAACACAUUUGAACUAGUCACGGUCCGUCAACCCAGGAGGGGGGAAGAAGACACUCUGAUAAGCAAGACAUACAACACCAUGACAACCAUUAGGCACAUGGUCUCUGCUGACACUAAAGAGGAGAGAAUAAACUGGUGCAACAAAAUCAACAGGGCACUAGCUAACAUCAGGACGUGGCAUUCGGACGCACUGAGACCGGUCAGAAUGGCCAACAAGACCGAGUGACCAAAACAUCACCGACAGCCAGCUCUUUGAUGCAUUAACAUUUACUGAGUGCAAUAGAAAAAACACAGAUCCAGUUUUUGCUCUUAGCAUAAAACUUGGAUUUCUUAGUGAUUUUGAAUGAGUGUCAAGUAUUUAUUAGCUGACAUUUUAAUAGAUAUUAAACACAUGCAUUUACAAUAUUUACUGUGCACUGCAUGUAUUGUAUCCCAGUGUAAGGAAUAUGGGUAUUUAUCUGUGUGUAGGUGUAGAAACUAUAAACAAUCAUUCUCAGCCUCUGUUGAAACACAUCUCUAUCAAUUAUUCUCACUUUUACAUAAAAAAAGGAAAAUGUCCCAGAUGUGGGAACACAGCCUACAUUGUAUGACCCUGAGGUACUCGGGAGCUUCUCACUAUUAUAUAUAAAAGGAAAUGGAAUGUCCCAGAUGUGGGGACUCAUCCUACAUUGUAUGACCUCACAGCUUUCAUAAGCUUUCCUUCCUGCAUUGUGUUGAUCACAAUCUUUUUCUUCUCUCUGUCUUUCAGUUUUCUAAAGCUUCGUCAGUAAACUUGUGCUGAUGUACAUGUUUAAGUUAACCUUGUAAUGGAAUUAGUUGGGUGGAAUUUACAGGUGUAAAUUAUCAAUAUAUUACAUUAAUGUGUCAUUUCAAACAUUUUGUAAUCCCAUCCUAUAUUUACCCUUUGUACUUAUUAGUUCCGAGAAGGUGAUAAUCACAUUCUAAAAUCAUUAUUGUACCCUGCCAACUUGUUUAUUUGCUGUGCUCUAAGUUAUUGUCAUACCCCAAAUAAAAGCAUUUUGUGAUCAUGUAGAUACAGAUUUUACUCACAUUCAUUUACAGAUACAUGUAUGUAAUCUCAAUCAUAUUUCUUUUUAAAAUUUGUAUUCAAUUUGUCUAACAUGUAAAUCAUUGCAAACAUUUUGGGAUUAAAAUUUAGUCCACAUC